UAGCAGUGCUCUUCGCAUUGCCGAGCAGACGACCCAGCUGGCUGCGUGGGGUGUGGAAGUCGCGGCGUUCUGAAUGAGAGCUGACGUCAGGAGUUGCCAACCCAAUCCGCGCUCUGUGCGUGUGUGGAAAGCCGCCGAGCGCAUGCCUAUAAAUGGGAAGGCGUCACGCGGUGCGCCGGUCAGUGUGGGUUGCACGAGCGAGCGAGCGAGUUGCCGGCAGACAACCCCAUCGGACAACUUUGACACAACAGCAAAAAUAGAUUUUAAAUAAAUAUAUUACAUUAAUAUAUUAAAUUUUAAAAAAAUAUAUAGAACCUACUGCCUAUCGCAUGAGCGUUGGACACUUGUACAGCCAGCCAGCCAGCGAGGAAGCAAGCAAGCAAGCAAGCAACAUCAGUAACACGUUGUAGACAAUUGCCAAUUUUGUAUUUGUUGAAUAAAAGCCAAGAGGAGCCAUGCAAAUCGAACAAGAGGAGCAGCAGCAAGAGCAGCGGCAGGAGCAGCGGCGUGUGCGCGCAGAAGACUACGAGCAACAGCAGCAGCAGCUCAUGGGAGGGAAGUCCGUCUCGCCCGCCUGCAAGCGAUUCACCUUGGCCGAGGUGGAGGCGCACAGCUCGGAGGAGUCGUGCUGGCUCGUCCACGCGGGCCGCGUGUUCGACGUCACGCGCUUCGUGCGCAUGCACCCCGGCGGCGAGGCCGUGAUCCUGACGCGCGGAGGCACCGACCUGGGUCGCCUGCUGUCGGGGCCUCCGCACCGCCACAGCAGCAACGCCUACAGGUGGCUGGAGCAGUAUUGCAUCGGGGAGCUGGACACGCGGCUGGGAGAGGAGCUGGAUGAAGGUUCGCAGCAGCAGCAGCAGGAGGAGGAGGAGCAACGGGCAGAUGCGUCGGUGGUGACGCCGCCCGGGUCGGAGUGUGCCGAGGAGGUCAGGCGGAGGAACGUCUCCAGCGUGGACAGAAGCCACGACUCCGAGGAGCUGAUCUACAAGACCGUAUCGACGGACCACGAUCUCGUGGACUGGAGUAAGGCCCUGCUGUGGCAGGUGGGACACCUGGGAGACAAAUACAGCGAGUGGGUGCACCAGCCGGUGGAUCGACGCAUCCGCCUCUUCGAGUCCGACUUUGUCGAAUUCUGGAGCAAAACAGCUUGGUACGUGAUACCGCUGGUGUGGAUACCCAUCAUCGUCUCCAUGGGCUUGACGAGCUACCGGGGCCUGCAAGGCAACCAAAUCCGCGUGUUCACCACGUUCACAGACGGAGGAGUCAACGUGAGCCAGGAUUGGUUCGCGUGCCUCUUCGCCUUCGGCUUCUUCACGUGGUCCCUCGUCGAGUACUGCCUCCACCGCUUCCUCUUCCACCGCACGCCGCCGGCGGACAGCUACUUCCUCAUCACGCUGCACUUCCUGUUGCACGGGCAGCACCACAAGUCGCCGUUCGACGGCUCGCGCCUUGUCUUCCCACCGGUGGCGGCCUUCUGCUUCGUGGCGCCCUUCUACUCCUGGAUGCUCACGAUGCUGCCCAACGCCGUGACGGGGUCGCUCGUGGCCGGCUGCAUCUCGGGCUACGUGAUCUACGACCUGAUGCACUACUACCUGCACUACGGCGCUCCCAGCCGCGGCUCGUACCUCUACGCGCUCAAGGCCUACCACGUCAAGCAUCACUUCGAGCACCAGACGCUCGGGUUUGGGAUCUCGAGCAAGUUCUGGGACUACCCUUUCCGUACGCUCAUCCCAGAAGAGACCUUUGAGAAAUCCCGAUAAUGACGACAGAGAAAAUGUUGCAGAAAUAUUUUUGCUUGCUGUCAAGUUUAUUUUUUAUUCGAUCUAAUUAUUUAAAAAUUACUAUUUAAAUUGUCAGAGAGCAUCAGUCGUCAGGGUGUUUAAAUGGAACUGCAAUUAUUUUUGUAUUUAUAUAUAAUUUCCGUAUAAGUACAAUAUACUGUUGUCUGUAAAUACUUUGUUCAUCUGGAUUUUCCUCAUUCCAGUAAGUGAGGUAUGUUGCUAUUCUGCGAAUGGGGCGUAAUAAUGCGAUGUAUGUGGAAUUGAUGGUUGAAGUGAAUGGAGACUGACAGACCAAUGCCUGGGACUGCCUUAAGAUCAUAAGCAACUGUGUUAUUCACAUCAUUCUAACAGCUGUGUUUCAGAGACGCGUGCAGUCUGCAGUAGGUUCACAAUACAGCUGAGGAGGGGGGGGGCAUUCCUACCACGUAUUUCGCAACCAAGAGAUUUUAACCCUGGACGCCUCCGGCACGUUGCUGUCAAUCACUGGACAUAAGAACGCGUCGCUUCUGACAAUGAGUCGUCUUCUCUGCGUGACAGGGCGUUUGGCGUCGGGGGUGUUUUAGGGGCGACUCGCGUGUUUUUUGUUCCGAGCAGAGAAUCUGCGCCGUGGUUUUGGUUUGGAGGAAGUCGUCGCUGUAAACCUGUCGUAAAAAAAAAAAUGAAUUAUCCGAUUGUGUUUUAGACAAUGUAAUUCCUUGAAGGAGCUGCCCGGCAAAACGUGAAGCGAAUCGUCGGACAUCGUGCCGAACAACCCGAAACCUCAUAGGAGAGAGGGAGCAGUACGGCUCGAACGGGAUAACCUGGCGCAGUUUGAUUGCUUCUCAGCCUUAUCGGUCACUGCGGACAAUGUCUCUCGUUUUCUUAUCUCCUUUGGUGCCUCAUUUUUAUGCACAGACCACAACUUUGGACCCCUAUUUUUGUGGAAACCCCAGGGUUUGCUUGGGUCAACACAAGUUGUCGUCAGGGCGGGGUUCGGGUAGUGGAGAGAGAGAGGAGACAAGGGUUUAGUUCAAACUUUACUGCGGGCGGGGAACAUUUCCAUCAUGUAUAACAUAUUUUAAGAUAUAUUCCUUGAUGGGCGUUUCAUUGAAAGGUCAUUAACUGGUAUUUUUGAACGGUCUAAAUGUGCGUGUUUUUAGUGUGUGUGUGGUGAAAAUGAGUGGUUGAUAUCCACUAAGGUUUGGUAUGUACAGAUGGAUUUAAAUCAACUGUGCAAUGUGAUGCUUGUACUUAAAACUAUUGAUUGAGUGGCAGGCCUUAUUAUAGCUGUGAAUUUCGGUUAUCCUGUCACUCAAUUUACACACAUCAUAAAAAUAAGUGUCCCAACAAAUUAUUUAAAGUGACUGAACUCUCCUAUUUUAUUGUGUCAAUUAUUUAGUUUGUAUUCUUCGUGUGACAGCCAAAGGAAAACCAGAAUGAUUAUUUCUCACAUUCUAACUGAAGCAGACUGACACAUUUCAACGUUGCAAAUCACAAAGUCUCUGUUUAAGUAAUUGAGUAAUUGAAACGCGGUCUUGACUUCUGCUGACGAUAGUUCAAUGCAGGAAUGCCUGUGUAGAACCACUCGAUGUUUCAAUAAUUGCGGAUUCAAAUAACACUGUGGUGGGCGCAGCUGUGAAUUGAUGAGACGUCUUUUCUUUCACCUGCUGUGUGCGAUGCACUUGACGUGAGUUUCACAAUGAAUAUUCAUCGAUGCAUCGCACCUCCAUAAAACGCAUUCUACUUAUCACAAAACAGCGAACGUGUAAAUUGUUAUCGGCAACAAUAAUCACAUGGGUAAUUAAUUCACGAAAACGUUUACUUAUGACCACGUGAUUGUAUAUAUAUUUUUCUCUUAACAAAAACAUGAAGUAUAUGUUUUUUUUGCACACCAGUUAUUUGUACAGGAAUUGGUUAAGUGCUCUGCGCGAGGGAGCUGGCAGCCUGGGUUUGAUCCCUCACCAGUGGCGAGUGAUGUCUAACCCCAUCCUGAGACCCUCAGGAUGGCCUGAUUGACACGGGGUUGUACAUUAUUAUUGUUUUUGUUGUAUAUUAUAAUGCGCUUAAUGAUCGCCUCCACGGUCCAGGAGUAUUGGAGACACCGUCACCCUGAUGACGCACCUUGUACUGAUGGGCCCCAAGAGAACGAGUGACCCAGAACAUUCCAGAAGAUGUAGUUGUACCCUAUUCCUUCACGUGUUGUUCUCACAAUUGAGCACCACACGUGCAUGAAUGCACUCUCUCCAGAGGCUUUGCCAAGACUUGGUACAGGUGGAUAAAUUGUCCUACAAUGAGAGUUGCUGCGAUAUGGCGAUGAAAAGAUAUACAUCGUUCGAUAUUUAAAAAAACACGACAAUCAUUUCGUCCGUUUUGCAAAAUAUCACCUUAUGGCGUGGUGAUAAUCGCUCAUUAAUUUUUUUUAAUAAUCAUGAAAAUAACGUGACGAUCAAAGUUUUAAAUUACGUAGCUAUUAGCCGUAACAUUGUUUUGGUAAAAUGUUUGUGGAGUAAUCGAUGGCAUGGCAAUUAUAAGACAUGACACGUUUUGUCGUUCAUUUGGUCAUUUUUAGAGUAAGGGACAGCACGUGCACGAUGAAUUUUAAUAAUUACAACGAUGUACGACACGCUUUAGAGAAGUGAACUGCAGUUGAGGAACAUUUAAGUAAUCUUUAUUUAUCCCGGAAUUGCAGGAAAGUAAGUCAAAAAAUAUUGUUAUGAAAAACUAAUAUCGCAAUAAUCGCCACGUUGUUGAACUUGGUAUUGUAUCACGGAACACUCUAUCGCGUCAACAACCCACGACAUGGGACAGGAUCACUGGAUGCGACUUGAAAGUGAUUGGGGAAAUGUGCCGGGUCUUGCCACCUGUCCCGGUUUAUCUGGGACGACAUGUUUGUGAGGCCAAUUUCCAUCCAUCUGUUUCUCACGGAAUGUUAAAGGUCUCGUUUUUUGUCAGCUGCGAAGAAAUGCACCACUCAGGACCAAUGCAUUUCCAUGUUGCUCCUCUCUUCCGGGAUUGCGUGACGUAUUUUUCAUCUGCGGGUAUGUUUUUUUUUAACUCGAAGGUGGCAACCCCUACUCGUGCCUUGUCGAAUACUUUUGGAACUAUGGAGUACAGCCGUUUGUAACAGCUUGUCAAUAAUUGGCUGCUUAUCGCCAUGUGCCCAUGGCAUGCAUCGUCAUAAAAUAAAAUAAAACGUUUAUCAAUUUGA